AUGAUAUCGGUAAGAUUCUAUGGAACAAGAGCAUAUCUUAUAGACAAAAGUCUUAUACCAGUAGUUUUGUUCUGGAUUGACCCAGUUGUUGGAUAUAAUUUCAUAACAUAUGGUUCAUUCGAUACGGAACGUUGCUGUGAAGGCUUACUUUACAUCGUUCAGAAACCGAAGGACUUCAAUACAAAGAGAUAUAAGAUAGGAAGAACAUAUAAUAUAACUCAAAGAUAUGACAGUAUAGUCAAUAGAGUCAAGGUUGUGUUUGUUAACGAUAUGAGAGCUGCUGAAACAGAACUACUUGAAAAGUUUGAGAAAAUGUAUGGUGCUCCCACGAAAGGUAAAGAAACGUUUGAAGUAGAUGAGAUCGACAAAGCUAUAAAAUUAUUUGACGAAGUUGCUGAAAAAUACAUGUAA